CGCGACUAGGAACAAAGACAAAGUGGGUCAAACCAGGCUGCUUUAUAGACGGAGCACUGCACUUGAACACUCACCUGCACAGAAAUGGACAGGGACAUCGCAACAGUGGUGCUCGACAAUGGCUCGGGCAUGUGCAAGGCUGGUUUUGCCGGAGAAGACGCCCCCCAAGCUUGCUUCCCUUCCAUUGUGGGACACCCCCGACUGGGCAUGAUGGUGGGCAUCCUCCAGAAAGCUUUUGUUGGUGAUGAGGCUCAGAGCAAGAGAAGAUACCUGACCCUGAAGUAUCCAAUCGAAAAGGGCAUCGUUACCAACUGGGACGACAUGGAGAAGAUCUGGUAUCACACCUUCUACAAUGAGCUCCGUAUCGCCCCUGAGGAACACCCCGUCCUACUGACUGCACCACUCAACCCCAAGUCCAACAGGGAGAAGAUGACAGAGGUUAUGUUCGAGACCUUCAAAUUGCCCAACAUGUACGUGGCCAUGCAGGCCGUCCUCUCGCUGUACGCCACAGGUCGCACCACAGGUAUUGUCAUGGGCUCUGGUGAUGGCGAAACCGACAUGGUGCCCAUCUCUGAGGGCUACGCUCUCCCUCAUGCCAUCCUGCAUCUGAAUUUGGCGGGUAGAGACCUAACCGGCUACUUAGUAAAGAUCCUGAGUGAGCGAGGCUACAGUUUCACCACUACAGCGGACUAUGACGUUGUGCGCGACAUGAAGGAGAAGCUCUGCUAUGUAGCAGUGGAUUUCGAGAAGGAGAUGAAGACGGCGAUGACAUCGUCCUCGCUGGACAAGAGCUACGAGCUUCCUGACGGCCAGAUUGUCACCAUCGGCAAUGAGAGAUUCCGAUGCCCUGAGCCGCUGUUUAACCCAAACCUCCUCGGUAUGGAGUCGACUGGUCUCCACCAGACAGCCUUCGACAGCAUCAUGAAGUGCGACAUGGACACCCGGAAGCACCUGUACGCCAACAUGGUGCUGUCGGGUGGCAGUACCAUGUUCCCUGGGAUGGUAGACAGGAUGCAGAAAGAGCUCAGUGACCUGGCCCCGCCUACUGUGAAGGUCAAGAUCAUCGCCCCACCAGCAAGGAAGUACUCUGUGUGGAUCGGUGGCUCUAUCCUGGCUUCACUUGACACCUUCUCGAAUAUGUGGAUCUCCAAGCAGGACUACGACGAGAUCGGUCCUGCUGUCGUGCAUCGCAAAUGCUUCUAGAUAAAAAUGAAGACACUUGGAAGGAGCUGCUGUUGGCCGCAUCUCUCAUCAAAAGAGUCACGAGAAGACGAAAGGACUAUAUUUCUGUCACUCACUAGGCCACGCCCCUUUAAAUAUACAAAUUCAACAAACCAAUUGCUGUGGUUUGGUUGGUCCACACAUACUAAAAUUCCAUUUUAUGGAACUAUCUUAUUUCUUUAACAUUCUACAAUAAAGUGAGAUUUUUUUUUGGGGGGGGCGGUGAAUGAACAGAUUAAUAUGACUUGAUUUCAUUUCAACUGGAACUAUUGAAAUGAGUCAAUGUACCACUGUAUCAUUUGUAUUUCUGAAGGCUGAUCAAAGGUGUGCUUUAUUUUUUCCAAUCUGUGUAAUGAAUAAAUAAUUAUUGACUGAUAUUGAUCAUGAGA